AAAGAUUUCCUUUGGCGGAGGGAGAAAUAGCUUCAUCCGAACAUUUGAGAGAAACUCAUUUUUUACAUAUUCAUCUGAUGGAAUUACGUGAAUUACAAGACGGAUUACUCAAUUCUUCAAACGAACGUCCAUUUGUUUGUAUUGAAUUAGACGAACCAUCUUCAGAACGUUUUUUAAGUCCAAAGGGACAUUUGGAUGCACACAGCGGUAAUUAUUGGUUUUGGCAUGAUGGGGAAGCAAAUUUCGAAUUGGCAAUAGCUCCAACUGGAGGGGAAUUGCUAUUUGAAUUAUUUACUGAAACACCUUCAUUUCCAAAUGAAAAAGAACUAGAUUUACCUCCAACAGCUAUUUAUGGAACUGUUAGGCAAAGGUGCUUUUAUUAA